AUGGGACCGAAGAUCAAAACACUUGUAUUUUUGAAAGUAAUGGUUCUUGUUAUACUUCUGCACUUUCUUCCUGUGGUCUUGAAGGAGAUAGGGCUAAAGAAGAGGGUGGAAAUGAUGAAGAGGGACUUCAAUAGAAGGCUUCUCGAGGGAAGUGAGAGCUUGGAGAGGCUUAGGAUGCUGAAGACGCUAAUAAACAAUGCAAGAUACUGCAAAGACGGAGAUAUACCGCUGGACGGUUCCAUGGCCGAAACCAAGAGGGCUUAUGAAGGGCUAAGGGUAUGGAGCGACCCUGUUUUCCUGAGGCUUUCGAAUAUAUACAAUAUUUCUAUUUUUUUUCCUGUGUUUGCGCCUGUGGUGAUACAGAGCAUAAAGAUUCUGAGGUAUAGAGACUCUUGGGGGAGCCGGGGGGAGAAGGUUGAACCAUAA